AUGGAAAAGUUUUUUCGUAACAAGGUAAUCUACAGGUUCAGGGUACCAAGAAUCAUUGUCACGGACAAUGGGAAGCAAUUCAACAAUCCAAAGUUCAAGGCUUUCUGUCAAUCCUACAACAUUGACUAUCGGCCUGUCUCUAUGGCUUACCCACAGGCCAAUGGUCAGGUGGAAGUGACCAACAGAACACUGCUUGAGGGAGUCAAGAAGAGGUCAGAGAGAGCCAAAGGUAAGUGGGUCAAAGAGCUUCCUAGUAUCCUGUGGGCAUAUCGAACAACAGUAAGGAUGCCCAUAGGAGAGAGCCCAUUCCGACUGGCAUAUUGUACCGAGGCCUUGGCACCAGUGGAAGUCCUAGCCAUGUCCCACAGAGUCCUGCACUUCAACGAAUGCACAUAUGAUGAUGGGCUCCGGGCAAACUUGGAUUUCUUGGAUGAGGUUCACGAGAAGGCACUGCUCAGGAAUGUGGCAUACCAGCAGCAAAUGGCCAAGUACUACAAUGCAAGGGUUAAGGAGAGGCUCUUCCACCAAGGAGAUCUAGUUCUAAGGAGGGCUCGAGCAUCACAGCCCAGGAAGGAAGGAAAGUUGUCUGUAAACUGGGAAGGACCCUACAUAAUUUUCAAGCGGAUACGGCCAGAAACCUACCGCAUGAAAACUCCAAGAGGCAAGAAGAUAGAUCGAGCCUGGAACUCAAAGCACCUGAAGAAGUAUUACCAAUAG